AUGGAGUUUGUGGUAUCUGUUAUGCGAUCUAUAUGGCUUAGAAGGAAUGGGUGGAUUUUUGAAAGGAAGUUUACUAGCCCUGAGAGUGUAUUGCAGCAAGCAAGAGCAAAUCUUAAUGAGUUCCAACAAGCACAACAGAAUGGGAUAGAGAGAAUUAAACCUACUGCAGUGGAGAGAAGGAUGGUUAGAUGGGAAGCUCCAAAAGAAGGCUUUGUAAAGGUAAAUUGGGAUGCUGCUUUCAAGGCAAACCAGAGAAAGAUGGGAGCUGGAGUGGUGGUUAGAGACGAGGAAGGGAAUGUACAAGUUUCUCUAUGCCUGCCAAAAGAUUGUAUCCAAUCUACUGUGAUUGCUGAAGCUACUGCUUUAUGGAGGGCCCUUUGCUUAUGUGCAAAGCUUAAUAUACAGAAGGUAGUACUCGAAGGUGAUUCAUUGGAGGUGAUUAAAGCUGUGAAUGAUAGAGAAGAGUGCUUGGAAUGGCAUGGACAGAUUAUAGAAGAUAUUAAAGGAAUUAUUUGUACACAUCCAAAUUAG